ACAACCAGGAGCGCUCGGAUUCAGGGGCCAGUCCCACAUCAAAGUCCCUGGAGGUAACAGCAGGGAUGGACGGGACCACAGCCACCACCACCGUGACCGCUGCCACCCCGCCUCGCCCCCAUAAAGCCAUGCCCGAGUCCUCAGGAGCCCCUGUGGCGUCUGAAGCAGAGGACGGGCCGUUUGUUGACCAGUCCACGUUCCUCCAGAGGCAGUUUAGUUCCAUGCUCCAGCCUGGGGUUAAUAAGUUCUCCCUGCGGAUGUUUGGGAGCGCUAAAGGGGUCGCGGCCGAGCAGGAUAGGGUCAAGUCAUUUGGGGUGUGGAUUAUACAUCCAUACAGCGACUUCAGGUUUUACUGGGACUUGGUGAUGCUUUGCCUGAUGAUGGGGAACCUGGUCAUCCUUCCAUGGGGAAUCACCUUCUUUGAGGACCAGAACACCCUGCCGUGGAUCACCUUUAACGUAGCCUCUGACACGCUUUUCCUGGCCGACCUCGUCUUCAACUUUCGCACCGGCAUUAUGGAGGGUGACAACUCCCAAAUCAUCCUAGACCCGCAAAUCAUCAGCCGGCGUUACCUGCGAGGCUGGUUCCUGGUGGAUUUCAUCUCCUCCAUACCAGUGGACUACAUCUUCCUGAUAGUGGACAUAGAGUCCCGGCUGGAGUCAGCAGAGGUGUAUCGCACCGCCAGGGCUUUACGUAUUGUGCGCUUCACCAAGAUCCUCAGCUUGCUCAGACUGCUGCGCUUGUCCAGACUUAUACGGUACAUUCAUCAGUGGGAGGAGAUCUUCCACAUGACCUAUGACCUAGCAAGCGCGGUGGUUCGCAUAGUGAAUCUGAUUGGGAUGAUGCUGCUGCUGUGCCACUGGGAUGGCUGCAUGCAGUUCAUGGUGCCAAUGCUACAAGACUUCCCUCCAACCUGCUGGGUCUCCAAAAACAACAUGGUGAAUUCCACUUGGGAUGUCCAAUACUCCUAUGCCUUGUUUAUGGCCAUGAGCCACAUGUUGUGUAUCGGAUAUGGUGCUCAGGCUCCUGAGGGACCCACUGAUGUCUGGCUCACAAUGAUCAGCAUGAUAAUUGGCGCCACUUGCUAUGCCAUGUUCUUGGGCAAUGCCACCAACCUGGUCCAGUCUUUGGAUGCUUCCCAUCGCCAGUACCAAGAAAAGUACAAGCAGGUGGAGCAGUACAUGUCUUUCCACAAGCUACCGGCUGACAUGAGGCAGAGGAUCCAUGAUUAUUAUGAACACCGCUUCCAGGGCAAGAUGUUUGAUGAGGAGAAUAUCCUGGAAGAGCUCAGCGACCCACUUAAAGAGGAGAUUGUGAACUAUAACUGCCGUGGGCUGGUGGCUAACAUGCCCCUCUUUGCAAACGCUGAUCCUCACUUCGUCACAGUGCUCCUCUCAAAGUUACGUUUUGAGGUCUUUCAGCCUGGUGAUGUCAUCAUUCGCGAAGGGACACUGGGUCGUAAGAUGUACUUCAUCCAGCAUGGCUGUGUGAGUGUGAUCACUUCAGACAACAAGGAAAAGAAACUGAAUGACGGCUGCUACUUUGGGGAGAUAUGUCUGCUGACGCGUGGACGCCGCACAGCCAGCGUCAGAGCUGACACUUACUGCAGACUUUACUCUCUCAGCGUGGACAGCUUCAAUGAAGUCUUGGAGGAGAAUCCGUUAAUGAGGAGGGCCUUUGAGAACGUAGCAGUCAACAGAUUGGGCCGUGAGUCAAACGGCUAUGAACAUUCCUACAAGAACAUGGAGGAUGACGGGGACUAAUGUAUUCUUUCACUCUCUGUGAACUUUGACUGAGCGGAGACU